UUACAGGUCAUUCCAACGUGUCUGUAGAAUAAAAGGAACUCAAGAAGAGAUUUAACAUUGUCAAAGAGUGCAAGUGACAUAAAAUCUGGAAUUGCCUUCUUCACAUGGCCCCCCACAAGGCACAUCUGUCACGAAAUGCACACUUCAUACUGAAGAAACGGAAGAUCAAUUUCAGUGGCUGCACAGCAGGUCUCUCCCAUGAAACUUAUGUGAAAAUAAGUACAAAGAGUAGCAGCACCUCUUCCAAUGAUGAUGAAGCCCUGACAGCUCAGGAACCUGACUUUGAAUACAGCACCUGCCAAGAAGACCAUGGGACAGAGUCCAACGGCCAUCUCCGGGUCCCACGCCCAGACAUUCUGAGCAGUGGAGACAUUGAUGAAGGUAUUGACAUCGUCGAAUCAUCUUCUGAGGGCGAUAAAUCUUCUUUGGCAUCGCCAUCGGUUCGGAGAUCCGCAUCAGAUGCAGCCAAGGGAACCGCAUCCAGUCGACGAGAGAGCUCGUCUUCGGAGGCUAGCUUCCCUGGUGUGCUUCACAGUAGCACUCCCAAGAAGAAGAAAGGCAAGAAGUCUGAGAGCAGCCAGACACCAGACAACAGAGGCGAGAAGAAGGGUCGUAAGGUCAGAUCCCUUAUGAAUGAGGAUUCCAGUCUGAGGUGUGAAAAGAAUAAAGACUUGGAAUACCUUCUCAAGAAGGUGCCAAAUUUGUCUGUGUCUGGGAAGAGUACAUGCUGUAGGAACACAGACCUUCUGUAUGAUGAGGAAAUGAGUUACAUGCCUUUCCCAACCUCAACCCUGCCUUCUUGCUUGAAGAAUUCCUGCCUCCUGUUGACAGUCACACUGUCCAGCAAUGGAACAGUUGCACAGGUGAAGGACUCUGGGAAGUCGAAUCCUGAGAGCACCGACCUGCCAUUCACAUACUAUGCACUUGUCACAUGGCUCUCAUCACUUGUCCCCAAGGAUCACCAUCACCAUAAGGUCCAGACGGAAUGUCCCUUUGUGGUCUGUGGCAUGCAGCAAGGGGUGGUUGGGAAAGAACUGAUGCUGUCUGUGCUCAUCCAACCCAAUUCCUAUGUGAAAAGUACUGGAGCAAAAGGAUUGUCCUUCCAUGAGCGUGUUGUUACGUACUUGUCUAAGAAGAGCUUAGAGCAAGUUUGCUCAUCCUGGCUUCCAGGCAUUCGCCGAAUUCGAAAUCUUCUGUGGCCACUUCACAUAUACUUUGAGGAUAACUGCUAUGAACAGCAAGGACACAAUGGGAACCCAGGCCUGGUGUGGGUGAGCGGUCCAAAGAAACCCAUGAUCCGUUUUGUGAAAGUACAUGGAGAUCCAUCUGAGGCCAGGGCUGUUUUCUCUCUCCUCCCAUCUUGUUUCUGGGCCACGAUGGAAGAUGAAGAUACUGUCCAGUCCCUUCCAUCCCAGGCUUUCCAUGGAGAGGGAGGUGAAAACAGGCUGGAAGUGGCCCUGUCCAUCAGGCCCUGGGCUUACCUAUCCAAUGCUCAGCAGCUGGGCAGCUUUCUGUUAGCUGCACUGCAUGCUGGACUUGAUGUUGCUGGCUUGCAUCUCAUCUACAAAGAAGGCGAUACCUCCUCCCGCAGCAGCAAUAGCAGUGGCAGUUCUUUUGGUCAGGCCGACUUAGAGCCCUUUUUGGCUCUGGUCCUGAGGGGCUGCCUUGCAAGAGAAUGGGAGGAGAAGUUCAAUCGCAUCCUCCAGAGCAGCUUGACUCACCAGGAUGCCCAGCUCUCCUUCCUUGACAAUCAUCCUCUGACAUGCAUUUUCCAGAGUGUGUCAAUGGAAUGGGAUGGGAACAUGAGGCGUGGGGCCAACGGGGAGCUUCACCUGAAGCAGUCUCUUGUGCAUUAUUUUGGGGGACCUCCCAGGACUCUGUCUGAUGAGACUGGAAGCCUCAUUGAGAACAAGGCUGGGUUUGUGUCACUGCUGAGUUGCAACAAGGGAAGUGGAGUGGCAUUCUUCCUCAACCCAGCCCUGCCCUUUUCUCUGAUGGCUGUCGCUUUGGAGGCCCUUCAGCGUCAUGGCUUCAUUCUUCAUGGUCUCCUCCCUGCAGCUGCUCUUGUCGAGUCUGACAAUCCCUUACCUUUGUGGGAGGAGGGAAGAGAUAAGCCGUCUGUGUUUGUUGGGACUCGGGAAAACGCUGCACAUCACCUCACAUCUAUGUGUGAGGCCGUGUUCAUUCAGAUCGUCCUUCAUCUCGUACAGAGAUCCGAGGAGUCUCCGAAUGUCUUCUCCCUCAAAGACUUGCGAGAGGUGAUGGGAGAAGAGGCGAGCCUGAACAGACUCAUUCGACCCCUCCUCUUGUCAAAGCCACUGUCCCUGUCUGCUGAGAAUGAUAUUCCUCCUUCCAUCUCCCAAUCAUCUGAUGCUUGGGAAUCUGAACGCUUCUAUUCGCCUCAGUCCUCUUCCUCUACCCAAACUGUCGGUCUUCUUGCGUUUGGUUCCUUCAUUCUGGCUCAUCUUGAUGCAUUGGAGGAAGACCUGAACAUGAGGUUGCAAGGAAGCCACUGGAUCCAACACAUGGACAUGGACUCGGCCUCGUACCUGACCCCUUUUGAGGUGGGUCAUCCCCUGUGGGAAGAAAGUAUCCAGACACUCAGCAGGAGAGGUGGAAUCCUCUUCUGGGUGCAUGGUCCAGAUGCCCACAGGCGACUCACCCAGUUUCUCAAUGCUGGAGAUACUCAAGUUGCAUUCUUUGAGCGAGGCAUUGUCAUCACAUCUUCACCUCGUGUGGCGACUCACUGGAUGCGAAUCCGACCUUCGUGAUUGCAUCCCUGCCAUCAAUAGUUUGUGAUAGUCUUAGUCACCUGAGCAGCACACAUACAAAACACUGCUAGCAGAUUCUUUAGAUGAAAUCCUCUUCUCAUUUGUAUUGUUUCCUUUCAAUGAGUUUUUGCUGUUAUCUUGUUGUUUUCCCAAGUUUUUGCUCUGAGGUUUCAUUGCCAUGAGCUGUUGAUUCUCCUGUUUCAAAAGGAAAAAGGUAUCCAGGUCUUUUCUAUCUCAACAUGGUUGUUGUAUUAAGGAUUGUGAUGCACCCCUAGAACUAAAAAGGCAACAUGCAACACUUGCUUGAAGAUAUCCCUUCCCUGCUUAUCCAGUAGGCCCUAAUAAAGUUUCAAAGUUAGGCAAUCUGGAGAUAGGAGCCACACACGGUAGCUAAUGGUUGUUAUAGAUGCAUGGAUUUUUUAAAUGAAUUUCACUCUAGUCCAGUCUCAUAAGUCCAAGAAACGUGCCAUUCUGUCCAGAUAUUAAUAUUGUGAUUCCAAUUACAUGGAAGUCAGACAACAAGGAAGAGGUUUUUGUGCUGUUUGAAAUCAUGAAAGAGAUUUUUCCCCCUCUUUCUUGCCUUAUCCCAGGAAAGAUGUUGCCUUAGUUUUCCCCUGUAGGGUCACCCAUCCUUCAGUCAUCCUCAUUGGUUUCCCAUGUACCUGUCGUGUGUAGGCCACUGCCCUUCCAGCCUCAGGGAUUACAGGCAUUGAAGGACAUCAAUCACUGGUGGACAUAGAAGAACGAGUCCUCCUUUCAAAUCCUCAUCUUCCAGGCUUUUAUCUUUACAAGAAUCUCCAUUCCUCCUUGGCCAGCGUUUCUCCUUCCAUAGGGGCACAAUGUGCAAUUUAGUGUCAGCAAAACUUGGUGCUUGCUCAAAUGCUUAUGGUGAUGAAAUGUAGUGUUCAGAGUAAAGGAGUACUGUAUUUCUAGAG